UUUAGUCUAGUGGAUAAAAUGUCUCUUUUAAACUGUAUCAAUGCACGAGUUUAAAUCCCAUAAUGAGCAUAUUUUAAAAAAAAGAUUAAUCCAAAACGAUGUCAUUUUAUUUUUUAAUAGUUGACUAACUUCUAUUACAGUCAAUGUAGAUUUAGGCACAUUUUAAAUAAUUUCUAUAAUAUUUUUGAAUUAUAAUUGAGUUGAAAUCAUAUUUAAUAUUGAUUAUUUGCCAAGUCGUAUUUGGCACAACCAAAAUUGUUUGGAUCGAAAAAACCCUUUUCCCGUAUUAACUUGUAUUGGGUUUGGGCUAGAAAGAAAACUGGUGACUGGAGUUUAGCCUUAUACUAGUAUCAUCUUUCGUGCUCAGCACAAGCAUUCAAUAUGAAAAAAAUAAAAUGAAUAUAAAAUAUUGACUUUUUUUUCGAAACAGUUAAAAGUUAUACGAUAUGAAAAUUCUGGGAAAGCAUCUCCACUAAAACAUUGACAUUAACUUUGUAUACAAUUGAUGUCGACAUUUAUUGUAACUUUACAUUCUUAUCAUGCAUAUUUUUUCUUAUUACUCGUUUUUUCUUUCAUUAUUUCGAGAGGUAUAUUUGUUUCUAAAUUUUUAUUUAUGAGUAAAUCUACAAAAUUUGGUAAGAAAAAUAAAAAUAAAAAGUAUAUAUUCACCCAAAAGUAAACAUAAAUAAUAUCUCUAGAAUAUUAUAAAACAUAUUUUAAAAUAAGAAAAACCAACUUGAGGUUUGUUUUGAUCUAUAGGAUUUCGAGGAUCUGAGCAUGUCUCAUAUUCCUCGAAGUAGGAAUGGUCGGCGACUCGGCGUGGAUGUCCCCUUGGUCUAGUAGUUUGACUAAGUGUUCAUUAAUGCUUCUACAGCAGGAGGUUUGGGUUUCGAUCUCAAGAGAAGACAUAAUUAUGAAAAUUAAUGAAGAAAAGACCGUAGAAUCGUCUAUAAUAUUUCUCAUAGUUUGUAAUACCACAAUUGUCCAGCGUUAAAAAUAGAAUGGUCAGACGGAUGGAGGUGCUCCUCGGAGAAUCGACUCGUCUAACCACCACUUGAUCUAGUGUAGAUGGACAGUUGAAGAAAAAAAAGAUCUAUAGAGUAAACAUAAGUCCUCGUUCCUACAACUAUUUCUCUAGUUCUAUUUUUUGCCUUCUAGUUUUCACCGCACUUUUUUUUUUUUGCUUAUUGGCUUUGUAAAUAUGUUUUAAAGUGAGCUUCUUACUUUCAUUCCUUGAUAUCACCACCACAGCAAAUAAACAUUUCCUAGCAAAUCGAGAAAUAGUUUAGUCUCUUUAAAAAUGAUAUUAAUCAAAUGUAUUUCUAAUAAAUAUUAUGUAAGUAGGCUAAAGGUAAAUAUUCAUGAAAAAAAUCAACAUGUUGUAAAUUACAGUGAAUAUUGAAAGGUUUGGGAGUAUUUAGUCUCACUAACCUCGAUUUAAUCUUCAACUGUCAACUUUGCACUAAGCUUCUCUAUAAAAAAAAUUGUGUUUUUUUUCUUAAACAUUGCAAAAAACUUUUCUUUACAAAUAUCUUCAUAAGCCAUAUCGAUCUGUUUGGUUAGAAAUUAAAAUUUCACCACUCUUUCACAAGGAGUCAAGGGGCCAUUGCAAAGAAAUUAGAAAAUUACAUUGAAUGAAUAUAUAGAUGAAUUUAUAGCAUCGUGAGUCAACCCUCCUGUAUAGGAAUAGUAACUGUUUUAAAACUAUGUGAUCAUGGUAGUGUCAGAAAUAUUAGGGAUUUAUCUAAAUUUUUAUUUUAUAGAGGUAAAGAAAUAGAAAUCAGUUAUUAAUCCAUUUAGAUGUUUAUUUCUGCAUUGGAUUUUUCUUUAAAUCGUUAAACAUAUCCACAUGUUAGGAUUUUAUUCGCCAUGCAACUUGCUUUUUAAUAUAUAAAUAUAAGGAAUUGGGGUCUCGAGCUUCUACAGGGAAUGAAACAAUGUUUUCAAAGUGGAAGAAAUCGCCAAAAGACUACAUUAAAUACAGUUACGAUGAGGAUGGUCAGCCAAAGUACUUUAACAAGAGAAGAAUAGAGUUUUAGGGAUUCAGCAGGUAUGUACCAAGGAGCAUAUCAAGAUUCUUAUGGAACACUUAGUAGGAUAGUGUCGAAGCAGAUUUACAAGUAUUAAAACUUGCACAAUCAAACUUAUUCACUAAAAAAAGAAAGAGUCUUUAUAGUACCAUAAAAAUAAACAUUUACAUUAUCGCCAAAUUCGAACAAAAUUUUGGCAACAUGAUAAAGCCUAGAGUUCAUGCAUGCCAUGAUCAAAGGCAUUUUUCAUUCUCUAUCCAUCCACUACAAUCCCAAAUCAACAAUUGCUAGAAACCCUAAUUUCGAGCAAUUUUGUAACAAUAAAUCAACAAUAUUGAACCAUGAGGUCAGAUCCAUCACAACAAAAGAGAUCUAAUCUCGAUAUAGCGUUACCAUAGCUCACUUUCUGAAACAACAACUCCCCUUUUGAUUGUCGUUGCCACAUUUUCUUCUUUGUCGAUCAAAUUAAAAAUCGAGUAAAUCGUCAGAUGAAAGGAACAAGGAUAUAUAACACGGCAACAAAAUCAAGAAAAUUGUCUUUGGUGGUAGAUGAAUCGAUCAAAAAAAAAAUUAUCUGGAAAUUUUGAAAAUUUUCUUAACCAAAGGGAAAUGAUAACAGUUGGAGGAUCCCAAAAUAUUAAAGAGACACUUGUUUUUCCUUACCAGAGAAGGAGUUUGGGAGAAGUCAGGAUAAAAUUAUUGUUUACUGAAACAUCAAUUAACUAGAAUAAUUGGUUUACUGUUCAUCAAAUAAUAGUUAACCUUUUAACCAAAAACAAAAUCAGAUUUCGACCCCAUUUCAACCCAAAAUUAUAAAAAUAUCAUAUCAAAAAUCAUAAAACCAUCAUUAAAACAUUUACUAUCAUCAGAGUUCAAACAAAUCGGAUGAAAAGACACAACAAAUUUACAAAAUUUAUCAGCCAAUUAGACCAUGCAUUUCUAAUUAUUGCAAAUUAUAAUCACACAAAAGUCAACGAAAGGCACAAACCCAUAUUUUAUAUAUGCAUUGAUGUUAUCAGUUAGAAAACAAUCAUCGAUGACAACAUAUGCAACUAAUGGAACAAACAUAUGCAAUAUAAUGGAUUUACUCUUGUAAUUUCACCAACCAAAUAUAUUUGAGUUGAAUUGGGGACAUGUCUAUGUAUGAGAAGAUCGAUGAUCAUCAUGUUUUGGUAGUUCUAUGAUAGUAGAUCUGGCGGUGUAAGUAACUAAAAUGGAAUCCAUCACUAUUAUUUCAGAUACCUCUAGUAAAUUAUAGAUGCUAUAUACAUCACAUAUGUAUUAUUUAUGGUGGAAUUAUUGAUUCUAAAAGUGACUUAAAAAAGGUGACUUAAGAUAAAUUUAGAUGGCAAAGAGAAAGAAGAAUAAACAAAGAAGGGUUUGAGAGAAGAAAAUGAUAAACCCCCAUUGUUCUUUGAGAAAGACAAACCAAUAUCGAGAGAAGAAGAUGACACACCAACACUUUUGCAAAUUGCUAUGUUAAUGUAGUAAUACUAACAUAACACACAAACGUACAUGUAUAAAAUCAGGGAAGAUAAACAUACUUAGAAGUUUAUUUCGGAAUAAAACAGAAUGUGGUCUUUGAAUUUUUUGCAAAUUUGAUGCUGUAAGAGUCUUCUGAGUGUAAAAUAGAUUGUUACCCCUCUUUGCACAGAUUUAAUAUUUAUUAUAUUAAACCACUAUAAUAUAAAGAGAUCCAUGUAUUUUAAUAUAAAAAAUAAAUUUCAUUGAUCAUAAAACAUAGUUAAAAAAGUAUAAGUCUACUAACAAAAGCAUAUACAAAAAUAAACUAAUAAAAACAACGAUGACAACAACAACAAUAGAAACAAAAAACACAAGAAAAUAAUUAAAUGAAAAACUAACUUUCACUAACACGAACCACUUCAGCGGACGACAUCUCAUUGAUCAAUUCUAUCUCACCUGUUCCUACUUGGACUAAAUUAGCAUUGAGAAGUAGUCUCCAAAUUUUUCAUUCAUUUUCUUAUGUAUAGAGUGUUUAGUAGAGUUUGUCUGGUUCAUCAUUGUCUUGAUAAAUUGAUUAUCCACAUGUAUUUUCUUUUAAAGAAAUAUAAGACUCUUUAAAGAUAACUAGAAUGAAUAAAACACCAUUAAAAUCAACUAUACAUUUUCAAACUUGAGUCUCUCUUUACAUAGCUUAACAAAUGCUAUUACAAUAAUUUUAACUAAACUAUUUCAUGUCUCAAAUGCAUCUUAUGGCUCAUAAAUUUUUGAUGAAAUUGUUCAACACAUAACAACAUAAGAAAACAAAAUUCUAACCAUUCAACUUCUCAUGUUUCUCAAAAAGUGUUGAUAAAAAAAAAAACCCCACUAAAGACAUCACUAUGUCUCGUUUCUACGAGAAGUAUAAGUUGUGAUAUAUAUUAAUUAAUUAAAUUUUAUACCCACAUUUUAUAGGUUUAUGAAACCUAAAUAUGAAAAUAUACAAAACAUAAACAAAGGUCUUCCAAAUAUUAAAAGUGAGGGAUUCAAUAAACAUUUCACUGAAUGUUUUAAUUUUUAAGCACUAUAGAGAUAACCUAAUAGCUUGUCCACCAAACACUGGCCAUAAAGCGUAUUUUUUCUUAGACAUCAGCUGUGUUAUCUCCAUCGAAUGUACCAAGUUACACACAAUGGAAUAUUUUAGCACUUCUAGUUGGAAAAGUUUGCCAAAACAAGUCUUUAAUUUGCUCAAUCUCGACAGUGCCUUCUAACGCGUCUCGUACAACCAAGAGCAAGCUGAGUUUUGAGUGGAUGUUAAGUUGUUUGCAAGGAACCCGAUCAGUAGCAAACAUAUGUUCCGGUAGUUCCUUGUCCCAACCUUCUUUACACGGACCACCUGCACAUAGGAACAAGCCGACAUGAGCGCCAAUAUGGUCAGGGAUCGACAACUAAAACUAUAUAACCGAGUAAAUUAUGGUCGAAAAUGAAUCUUCCAUCUUGUUGACUUGCGAUUAGCACAUAAAAUUUUCUUAACCAAUUAUCAAUGAAUACAAAUUGUAAUUGGCAGAUUGUGUCAGCGUUGUCCAUGACUCCAGUUACUGAAAAGAGAUCUCAAUAUAUGUUGAUAAACCUACACCAGCCAAUUUAAACAAUAUAAACUAUAGUGUUAACUUUAGCAAUUUUAUCGGCAUCUUGUCUGCAGUCCAAAACUAGGCAGACCCUAGGGUAAAUCCCAUAAAGCAAUGCCUUUAGGUUCCUUGAUUUAUUAAUUUGUUAGAGGCAUUAUGUACAAAGUGUUUUCUUUGGUGUAUUCAGUAAAUAAAACACUCUUAAAAUCAUUGGAUGUUUAAAAUACUGUUAAAAUCAUCUACACACUUUCAAACUUGAGUAUCUCUUUAUAUAAAUAAAUAAAUGCUAUCACAAUAAUCGUAACUAAUUUUUUUUUGUGUCAAUUUCAUCUUCUGGCUUAUUUUUUUUGAUGAAGUUGUUCAACACACAAUAACAUUUAAAAAAAAGUUCAAACCAUUCAAGUUUUCAUAUUUCUCAAAAAGUGUUGAAUAACAAAAAUCUUUAAUGACAUUAUUUAGAUCCAAUCUUUUUAAAUGUGAAGUGUAAGUUGUUAUAUUUAUUAGCUAAUUUAAAAAAAUUACCCACAUUUUGUAGGUUUAUAAAACUCAAAUAUGAUAAAACACAAAACAUAAACAAAAGUCUUCUCAAUAUCAAAAGUGAAGGAAUCAACAAACAUUUCACUGAUUGUUUUAAUUAUUAAAUACUAACUAGGGAUAACCUAAUGGGAUGUUCACCAAACAUUCACCACAGAACUUAUUUUUCCAUAGACAUCAACGGUAUUAUCUUCAUCGAAUGAAUCAGUUUGCCUGAGAUAAAACAUGUGAUUCUCGUUACAUAUAUCAAUAACUGCUAUCACAAUAACUGUAACAAAGCUAUUUCUUGUGCCAAAUGCAUAUCUUUGCUCAUAAAAUUUAAUUAAAGUUGUUGAACACACAACAUAAGAAAAAAAAUUUCAUACCAUUCAACUGCUCAUUUUCAUCAACAAAUGUUGAAAUAAAGUAAAAACAUUUGCAUCAACUAAUGUUGAAAGACAUAUUUAGAUAUCAUCAUUUUAAAUGUGAAAUGUAAUUUGUAAUACCUAUUAAUUAACAGAAUUGUUUAGCCACAUUUUAUAGGUGUAUGAAACCCAAAAGUGAACAUAUAAACAUAAAAAAACUUUCUAAUAUUAAAAAUUAAAGGACUAAACAAACUUUUCACUAAAUUUUUAAGCAACUUAUAAUAAACACAAAACUACUAAUACAUAGAAAAUAGUUUCAAGAUAAGACAAUUCCCCACAUUCUACAUGUAAAAUUUUUAAGUUAUGUUUUUCCAACUUUAAGAAGAUAUUUUAUGAUAUAAAAGUAUCCACAUGUGUAUGGGUACAGUUGUAAAAUUUAUAAUUGAAAAAAAUGAUGAAAAAGAGAAAACAAUAUGGUAGAUAACUUUUGUUUUCAAACUUACUAUGAUAGGUAAUAAUGAAAAUUUAUGAUGAUGAAAUGUUUUUGUUAGUUAUAUAACAACAAAUAUUAAUAUUAUAAAUAUGUUAUAUUGUUUAACAUGUUAUGCACACACACAUACAUAUAAAUAUUAUCUUUUGUAACUUCUUUGGUUUAAAAUGUAAGUAAUGUAAAAUAUAUUUUUCUAUUUAAUUUUUAUCAUAUUUACUUAAGUUUAAAUUAACAAUCUAUUAUUCUCUAAAAAAAUUUAUAUCACAUUUUUCUAUACGAUCUUAAUACCACAUAUGCAUAUACACAUAAAUAAAACACCAUUAAAUUUGAAAAUUGUAAUAUCUAUUAAUCCAGACUAUAUACAUAUAUUUUGUAGGCGUAUGAAACAUAAAAGUGAAAAACACAAGUAUCAUACAAAAAUACCAAUAACAUUAAAAUUCAAAGAGUCAAAUGAUCUUUCAAUUAAUCGUUUUGAAUAUUAUUACCAUAUGCGACAUAACAAGUACAUGCAAAAAAUGUUUGUAAACAAAGAAUUUCUAGUGAAAAUAGAUAAAAUUUUCAAAUAUAGUUUCUACAACAUAGAAAAUAUGAGAAAACAAAAGUCUAUUAUGCAUUGUGAUAAAAAUUAAAAAUAAAAUUUAUUGUUGUAAGAUAAAGAAUUCUUCUAAAGAUAGAAAGUUUUAAGUAAAUAAUUGUUGCCUUACAGUUUCUUACUUAACCAAACAAGAUUCAAAUGAUUGCAGUUGGAAUACUUAAACAACAAUCAUAUAAAAUAAAGUUUCAAACUCUAACUAAUUUACUAAACUUUAAUUAUCAAUCAAAGCAAGUUCCAUCUAAUUACAAACAAAUAUAUGAUGGGUGAGCAAAACAACACACCUCCUAGCAUUAACCACCGAUUAAUACAAUACAAGAAUAUAUAUAUCUUCUAUAAAAAAUAAAAAAAGAUUGGCCAAAUGAGUAAAUUUGAAAAAAAAAACUAAAUCAUAGAACAAUGAUAACUAUAACAAAAAGUCGUAAGUUAAAUAAGGAAUUAGCUUGAUCUCACCAACUUGAUUAUCUUUAGAAGUUGACCUUGCAUAUGCCAAUUUUAUCUCACAUUAUCCUUCACAACUUUAUGUAGAAUUAAGAAGUAAUCUUAAUGAUUCCCAUGCGAUUAUUUUUCAUACAGAGUAAUUCUAAUAUGUUUUUUUUUGUUUAAGAUAUUUUUGAUCAACGGAUUUUUACAUAAAUGUUCUUUAGGAUGACUAUGCGACAUUUCCUAGACAACCAUACCAGAUAUAAGAUUAUAUCCAACGGUUGACUUUAUUUUUAUCUUCAAAUUCUAGUUUCUUCAAAAUGAGAAAAAUGAAGAAACAUCUCCUCCAGUGGUUUGAUCAUUUUCUCUUUGUUAAGAAUAAAGUUUAAAUAUGUUUCAUCUCCAAUUUAUCAUUAAUUAUUAAUAACAUUUUUCAGUUUUUCAUUUUUACUAAUGUUAUCCAGUUAUUUUUCUUUAACAAUAAUCCAACACUAUUACUAUGUGCAACAUAAAUUAAUAUUACCAUAUAGUAAAAUUAUUGCAUAACAUGAAUAAACUAAUAAAUCCAUCAGAUUUUGUAAAUAAACUAUAUAUGUAUAAAAGUGAUUAAAAAACAUGCUUUAAAAUUAAAAAAAAUUUGAAAAUAAAUAUUUUCAUGUUCUUCAAUAUAUGUAAGUAUCUAACUAGAUGAAAAUAAUAGCUGAAAUUAUAAAUUAACGGGAGAAUAUAAUCAUUUAUAAUGUUUUAUAGCAAAAGAUAUGAAUAAGCAAAAAGUAAGUAUCAACUUCUGAUUUUUUUUCUUUUUUUCAAAAAGUAAAUAUACAAACAAAAUAUAUAUUUAAAUUUGAAGUAACAUUGUCCAUCACUUCAUACUGAAGUAAGAACAAAGUAACAUUAGAGGAAAAUAAUAAAAAUUUAUUGUUAUAAUAAAAAGAAAACGGUUAAGGAGAGAAAAACAAUAUAGUAGGUAAUUGUGUUUAAAAGAUCAAUAUUAUAAAAGAAAUUGAGAAGGAUAUGAAGAAAUUUUUUUGUCAAAUAUAUAAUAGCACAUAAAUAGAAAUUUUUAUGUAAUCUUUUUACUUGUUACUAAAAAAAACACACACACACAUAUAUUCUUUUAAAUUUACAAGUGUUUUACAUGUAUAAUUCUGAUGCAUGUUAUAUUUUCAUAUUUGGUUAGGUUUAAGUUAUCAAUCUAUCUACACCUAUAAAUUCAUUGUUCCUUUUAAGUAUGGGUGUUUAGUUUGCGGUUUAACUUUUUUUUGGUUUUUUUUUUUCAUUUUUCAAGAUAUAUGAUCCAUGCGGCUACUUAAGAAAUUUAUUUCAGUUUUUGCUCGUUAUUUUGUUUUUGGUAGAGUUCAAUGAUUUUGGUGUUUUAAGAUAAAAUUUUGAGUAUAACUUGUUUUUAGAUAAAAUAUCGGGUAAUUGAGAUAAUUUAAAUAUUCCAAAUAAGAAAUAUUCGGGGGUUUUAGAUAAUUCGAUUAUAAAUAGUGUUUUAUAGUAUUUAGUUGUUUCAAAACCAACUGAAACUAAUAUUUUAGGUAUAUAAAAAUAUUCUAAAAUUUUAGGUAUUUACACAGUUCUAAGUUUGGUUUCUAUUCGGUUUUGGCUCUCAGGUUGGUUUCAAUUCGAUUUUGGUUUUUAAGAUAUAGAAAGACAUGAAUCAUUCAUAUAUCUGUGAAUAUUGAUUAGGUUUGAGUCUUUUGACUUUUUUUUUUUUUUAUUAUUUUAGUUCGGUUUUCGAUUUAAGUGCCCACGACAUGACUAGUUCGUUCCUUCAAUUUAUAUUAUCCAUUAACCAAACCGAAGUUUUUUUAGUUGGAUUUAGUUCGGCAAACCGAUAUCAAACACCCGGUUUUCUUUCUGAAGCAAAUGACGGAGAGAUUCUUCCCGACGAAACCAAGCUCCGGCGGCGCCGGGAAUCACCGGCGAGGUAACCUCACUCUCCUCUCCGGCCCGAUUUCCUCAGGCAAAACCUCUCUGCUAUUCCAAUUCGCACUCAACAUAGCGAGCGCUUCUCAAACCAACCACGUCGUCUUCAUCUGCCACCGCAAAAGAAUCGAAUCCAACCCUCCCUUCCUCUCUCAGGGGAUCGACCCUUCCUCCUCCGAUGCAUUCAAUCGAAUACAAAUGAAGUAUGUGGAUGAUGAUGAAGGACUUAGGAACUACUUUGCCGCGUUUCAUCUCCAUCUUGAUCUCCCUCCUGCUGCACUUGUAAUCGAUGACUUUGGUGACUACUUCACCAACUCGAAGGGGAGUAGUUUAAUGAACUCACGUGCUAGAGACAUGGCCAUGGUGCGCACUCUUGCUCUAUGCCACAAUGCUAUUGCUCAUGCCAACAAGAAAGCUGCUUGCGAGCUUGUGUUAUCCGAGACCAGUUCUGGAGACUCCCCCAGGUCUUUGUUCAUCUACAAACGAUGGAUCCCAUCCAUCUUUACAAUUAAAGGUCAUGGUGAUGGGUCGUUUCUCUUGACAAGUAAUGGUUCAUCCCAGAAAAGCGCCAAGUAUUCCAUCGCGCUGCAGUAUCUCAUCUUAGAGGAGAUUGUUAAUUGAUGAAAGAGUUAGUUCUUCCUUCUUACAACCAAGUAUAUGUCAAAGAAGAAAACAGUAUGGUUUUCCUUAUAACAAGUGUGUGUUGUGACAUAUUUGCCAUAUUUAUAGUUCUUAUAACUUUUUUUUUUAAAUUAAAAACUAUUGGGGAUUAA